CUGGAUGCUUGUUGAAGCAUGGUGGUGAGGAUGGUCGGAACACGAUUAAUGGGGCUGCCGUCACGAGGCCGGGUCAGAUGGAUGAAUGUAAUGAGAACUGGAGUCCUUCAUCUCCUGCUGCUAUCGGCCUGCCUCGGCCAAGACACGGAAGACUGGCAAUAUGAGGAAUGUAAACUCUCCCGUUCUGGUCCUCCUGCUACCAUCGUGGCCAUAGAUGAGGAAAGCCCCAAUGGAACACUGUUGGUGGAGAAUAUGCAGAUCAACGGUGUGGCGCAGGGUCCAGAUCGUACAAUCUCUUUGUCUCUAAGAGACAACUACGACUACUGGGUGAUUCUUGAUCCUGCCAGGCAGUCUCUUUACCUGAACAGCACUGGACGAGUUCUUGAUAGAGAUCCACCGUCGUUCAUUCAGUCCAUCGUGGUUCAGGUUCAGUGCACCAACGAGCUGAUUGGAACAGUGAUUUUACACGAGGUCCGCAUUGUUGUCCGAGACCGCAAUGACAACGCUCCGCAUUUCCAGCAGCCUCGAUACUACGUCGCCAUCAGUGAGCUAACCCCUGUAGGAACAACGAUCUUCUCUGGUUUCUCGGGGAAUAAUGGUGCAACGGACAUCGACGACGGCCCCAACGGGCAGAUAGAGUACACCAUCCAGUACAACCCAAGAGAUCCRACUGCCAACAGAACCUUUGACAUCCCCCUGACUUUGUUUGGCUCCGUAGUUCUAAGGGAACGGCUCAACUACGAGGAGAUAACACGAUACUUGGUCAUUAUACAGGCAAAUGACCGGGCACCUUCACCGCGUGACCGUCGAACUGCCACCACCACGCUGACCGUGGAUGUGCUGGAUGGAGAUGACUUGGGUCCCAUGUUCCUACCUUGUACACUUGUGGGAAACACUCGUGACUGUAGUCCCAUCACGUAUUUGGCCAGUGUUCUGGAGCUGACGGAGCCUAAUAAGACAAAUCCCCUCAAUGUGACCCCACCUAUCCAAGCUGUGGACCAGGACAGAAACAUUCAACCUCCGUCAGACAGACCUGGGAUCCUGUACUCCAUCCUUAUUGGCAAACCAGCAUCCUAUGCAGAAUAUUUCAUCUUAAACAGAACCACAGCAGAACUCAUGCUGCUGAAACCCAUCGACAGGGAGCUCUACCGCAGAUUUGAUCUGGUUAUCAAGGCGGAGCAGGACAACGGUCACCCCCUGCCAGCGUUCGCCAACCUUCAGAUYGAAGUUCUGGAUGAAAACAACCAAGCACCGUAUUUUUUGGAGUCUGGUUACCAUGGAUACGUCAGUGAGGCUUCGCCAGUCGGAACCACCAUUGCUACCAACGUCACUCUAUCGGCUCCCCUCACUAUAAUAGCUUUGGAUAAUGACGUGGAGGAGGCCCGGGAUCCACAGCUGCACUUUUCUCUGGACAGUUAUUCUCAUGUUUUUUCUAUAUCAACUACUGGGAUAAGAAGAUAUCUCACGCUGUUGCAGCCUGUAGACAGAGAAACACAAGACUCCUAUACAUUCACGGUAAUACACAGGCUCAAUAUCACCGGGGUAAUUACAGUGGCACCAGGUGCUGAGCUGACUGUUGGCCGAAGCUACGCUCUGACUGUGGAAGCUGUAGACAAUGGGCCUGCGCCUCACAGACGGUCUUCCAUUACAACAGUAUAUAUUGAAGUUUUGCCCCCAAACAACCAGAGCCCUCCUCGCUUUCCUCUCCAACAAUACAACCUUGAGAUCAGUGAGGCUAUGAGGACUGGUGCUACACUUCUUAAUCUGCAGGCAGUGGAUCGAGAGAAGGAUCCAAUAACCUACAAAAUCCACAGUGGAGAUAUUAAUGGAAAUUUUGCACUGCAGCAGAGUUCAGGGUAUUUAAUUCUGGACAAGCCUUUGGACAGGGAGUCUCUGGAUCAUUAUAUCCUGAUUGUCACCGCCUCAGAUGGACGCCCAGAUGGAACCUCCACUGCUGUGGUGAACGUGGYGGUGACUGAUGUGAAUGACAACGAUCCGGUGUUCAACUCUUCACUGCCUGUGAAUCUCACCGUCAUCGAGGAGCAGGAUAACGCCUUCGUUGGGCAGAUCGUGGCAACAGAUCUGGAUCUGGGAGCAAACGGUCAGGUCCAUUACAGGCUUGUCAAACACCAGACACUGUUUUCCAUCAAUGCCUCUGGAGCCAUCAGGACUGCAGUGCCACUGGACAGAGAGGUGAAAGGUCACUAUUUCCUGGUUGUCGAAGCCUCGGACGGUGCAGUGGACCCUCGGCGAUCCAGGCUCACCCUCUCUGUGACCGUUUUGGACGUGGACGACAACAGCCCGAUUUUCUCCCAACAGUCCUACAACGUCAAUCUACCUGAGAACAGCCCAGAGGACACUGUCAUUUUACAGUUAAAGGCAACAGAUGCUGACCUCAUCUCCAACCUCACAUAUCGAAUCAGAGCUGAAGGCCUGGAUCCUGAGAUAACACGGCUUUUCCGCGUUGACCCCGUGACGGGGRAGCUGUCAGUUCUUAAGGUUCUGGACUUUGAAGCUCUGUCUGCCUCUGAACCCAUGUACACUUUCACCGUAGAGGCUGUCGACGUGGAGGGAACAAUGCCUCCUGGGCUUGCCUCRGUUACUGUCAGGAUACUGGAUAUGAAUGACUUUGCUCCCUCAUUCAGACAACCCGUCUACAGAGGCAUGGUUGCUCCUAAUGCUGUCAAGGGAACCAUUGUAACCACGGUGAUGGCCACCGAUUCUGACCCUGCGGGAACCCCCGCAGGUCUAAUUCGUUACAAGGUGGACCAGGAGGCCUAUCCAUAUUCUGCCAGUAUAUUCGAUGUAGAUGAAGAGAAAGGUCAUGUGGUUACCAGAGUAAAUCUUAACGAGGAACCCAACUUAAAGUUCAGACUGGUGGUGGUGGCCUAUGAUCGUGGCGAGCCUGUGAAAGAGAACACGACUCUGGUGGAAAUCACAGUGCUUCAGCCCUCUGUUAUCCCCGUGUUCACUCGAGAAGAAUACAGAUUUCCACCAGUGAGUGAGGAGGCUGCUGUUGGAACCCCGGUGGGAAUCAUCAUGGCAGCAGCUGUCAAUCAAACUAUCGUGUAUUUCAUCGUUGAAGGCAAUGAGGGAGGUGUGUUUUCGUUAAACAAAACAACUGGUGAGAUUUUCACAGCCAAGCCCCUUGAUUAUGAAACCAACUCCAGCUAUGUUCUGAAGGUGGAAGCAGACUCCAUGAGGGUGGUCUCAUCAAAUCUCAGAGCUCCGUCAAAGUCUAACACAGCCCGGGUUGUGAUUGAUGUCCAGGAUGAGAACGACCACCCACCGGUUUUCACCAGAUCUCUUUACAUUGGAGGAGUUGCAGAAGAUGCCAAAACUUUCACAUCGGUCUUGCAAGUACAGGCCGUGGACAAAGACACUGGGAACUACAGCGCCAUGGUCUACAGGCUCAUCAUCCCCCCUCCCACAGGAAAAGAAACUAAAGACAGCAAAGAUGGAUUUGUCAUUGAACCGUACACCGGCGUGGUGAAGACGGCAAUCAUGUAUCGCAACAUGAGGAGGUCAUAUUUCAAAUUUGAGGUGGCUGCAACAGACAACUACGGUCAAGGACACAGCAGCAGAGCAGAGAUAGUGGUCUCUGUUGUGAACCAGCUGGACAUGCAAGUGGUCGUAUCAAAUGUCCCUCCAACAUAUGUUGAAAUAAACAAAAAUCAAUUGCUCAGCAUUUUGGAACGCUACGUUCAGGAGCAGGUGGUCGGCGCAAAGGUUGUCGUGGAAACCAUUGGGCCCCACCGGGAUGGCGAAGCGAUGGAGAUUGAAGAUUACACCAAGUCAGAUCUCAUGAUUUAUGCCAUCGAUCCUCUGACAAACAGAGCCAUAUCUAGACAGGAGCUCUUCAAGUUUCUCGAUGGGAAGCUAUUGGACAUCAAUAAAGAGUUCCAGCCUUUCCUCCCUCCUGGUGGCCGGAUUCUGGAAAUCAGAACCCCCGAAGUGGUGGCCAGCGUAAAGAAAGCUGCGCACAGCGUCGGCUACACAGAGGGGGCACUCUUGGCUCUGGCAGUUAUCAUCAUCAUCUGCUGUGUUCCCGCUAUUUUGAUUGUCAUUAUCACAUACAGACAAUUCAAAGAGAGACAAGCAGAGUGUGCCAAAACAGCCCGCAUCCAGAUGGCACUGCCAACAGGCAAACCCGGGGGAGGCACUGCCAACAACCUGUACGAGGAGCUCGGUGACAACGCCAUACAAAACCGUUCAAACCACGGUGUCGGUCGCAGCAGCAUUGGCAGCUUAGACGAAAGCGACCGCCAGCGCCUGAUCUCGGACUUUGCCACACGAGCCAUCGCCGCCCAUCGCCAGUGUCUCGCAAAUGGAGGGGUGCUCAACAAACUCCCCAAAUCUGAGUCCAACAUCACUUUUCUGUCGGACGAAAACCCCCUAACUACCAAGAAUCCCAUCUACCAUGAGGAUGGAACCUUAAGUAGCCCUGAAAACCUUGGAAGCAACCAGAGGAGGAGAGACCUUCUUGGGAAUUUUUCCCCUUCUAGGAGACGGCUUCGAGACGCCUGGCUGAGGCUCAGCUCACCCGGAUGUGACUUGCGAUUUGGGGGAUACAAUGGCACCGACAGCGGGUGGGGAUCAGGAAGUGGACACAGCUGGACUCUCCCAUCAAGGUUGCAUCGAAAGGAAAUGUAUGACGCUUUGAGACGGCAGGUGGUUAUGGAUCCUGUGCAGUGGGAACAUGAGCUCCUGAAGGCUGAAUUCAAGGAGAGCAAAGACGCUGGCCUGGAUUCAGGCUUUGAACACGGAUUGGAUUCAGACGUGAUGGGAAGCCCUAGUCUUGAGCCAAAGCUGACGGUGAAGGAACAAGCCAGACAGUUUGAGCAACAGGCGCUCCAGGAAAUGAAACAACGGCAAAGCAGAGAUUCCAGAGGCUCGCUGUCUUCUGACAUCCUACUUUCUGCAAUCACAGACACUCCCCAGCAUCAGAUGUACAGCCCUUCCCACAAUGCUCCAGCUCCUCAGAUUAUGGAAGGUCCUCCGAGUAUCAUUGUGACUCAGAGUGAUGGAGGCACCCCUCCGCCGAGUCACAAGCCGACGCCUCCUGUACUAAGGCGAUUUGGAGCAAAUUUAACCGGAAAUCACAUUGCAGAGGAAAGACUUCAGGUACAUUUGGAGGUGAUACCAGAUCCACCUUCAACACCUCCACCACCUCCACCGCAACCUCCAUCACCACCACCACCACCUCCCAGCUCUGCGCCUCCUCCCCCUCCCUCAUCUCCACCUCUAAGUAGCACUUCCAUCCCUCCUGCCUCUCCAGCUCCAUCUAACUCCACCCCUAAUGAUGCUUACACUCCUCCGCCGCCUCCUCCUCCUCCCCCACCACCUCCGCCUCCACCUCUACCGCCCCCUGUAUCUCCCUCUCUUGUGCGUCCGACCACGUUUGUCCUCCCCACUCUCUCAGAGGCGCCCGUGCUGCGGCCCGUGUAUCUCCGGGCGCCGCCGCUGCCCGUUCACACGGAGCCCGAGCCUCCCCGGAAAGAGCUGAAGGGAAUCUUAAAGAACAUCCAAAACAUAGCAGACAUCGAGAAGUCUGUGGCCAACAUGUUCAGCCAGAUAGACCAGAAACAGAUUCCACUCAAAAAGGUCAUGAAGAGCCGGGCUUCUGUGGACUCUCUGGAUUCUCUUGACUCUUUGGACAUGUUGGUGGUUGGGGGAGAGCCAGAACAGAGAGGAGGAGGAGGAGCAGAAGGAAGAGGAGGUGAGGGAGAUAAUAACUCCCCUAUUCGACACGUUCCAAACCCGAACAUGAACUCUAUCGUGGAGGAGCUUGAGAAGCGCUUUCCCUCUCAAUCUACUAUGCUCUAUCCUUCUACAGGGCAGAGAAGGCGUGGAUACGGCCAACAUGAGACACAGCAGCUACUACGACCGUCUCUGCUCAGGCCAGAGGAGUUAUCCAUGGAGUCCGGCAUCGACCCGGGCCAGGACUACUACACUCAAGAUUAUUACAACUAUGACCAUGGGUACGAGCUUCCUCAGUACGGCAGCCGCAGGAAGCUGAUCUCACCCUCCGGCCUUUACGAUGAGUACGGAGAGGUUGUGGUCGAUGACGAUGGCAGCUACUACUACAGCCCACAGGAGUCAGACGGAGAGCCUGGCGGUAGAAAGCGGCGGAUCAAGUUGAUGGUUGACCGAGAGUACGAGACCAGCUCCACCGGUGAGGAGAGCGUGCCAGAGACCCAACGCAGCCGUUUAUCCGCCACGCACAACAGCCACGUCAACGUCAACGGUGGGAUGUAUGUGGCCCAGAACGGCUCCAUCGUCCGCACCCGGCGAACGGUCAACGCUUCGGGUCCUUCCCAGAGCGCCAGCUCCACAAAGAACAAUCUGAAACCAAGCUCUCCCAUCUUCAGCUCACGGCUGGCCAAGCACUUUAAAAAACUGGACAAAAUGGCUGCCACGCUGGAGGAGAGAGUGCCCCUGAACACCACCAAGACGCAAGCGGGAGAGGGGCGCAACACACUGAGCACUUUUCAGAGCUGCAGACGGGCCGCCUCGGCAACGGCCGCCUCCUCCUUCUCCAGCACUCACAAAAUGCUGAAUGUGUUAAACACUCGACAGUCCAGCGUGUCCUUGGGGUCAACCAGCACCAACAACACAGGCCCCGAAAGCGCAAUGUCUAAACCCGACGUGCUCCCGGCGGCGCCGGCUGUCGCACAGCAGCAGCCCGAGAGCAAGACGUCGGAGCAAGACGGGCCAGCAGAGGGCGAGCGCGAGUCAAAGGUGGACGGAAGCGGCAGCGUUGAGUCCGUUUCCAGGGAACCUCUGGAGUGUCCGAGUGACAGAACACAGUCGGAUGAGGAGGAGUUGUGGAUGGGCCCCUGGAACAACCUUCACAUACCCAUGACCAAACUCUGACUGAGUCCAACGCCACUGUGCUCGCUCCUUAUUGCCAAGUUCAUUUAAUGUUUUCAGUACGUUUUCUUUUCGUUCUCCGUGAAACUAACGGAGAGACGCUCCAGUACAGCAAAAAUAUAUAUGGAUUGAUUUAUACUAGCUAAAAGUGACUUGGCAUUCAAAUCACUGGUAUCACAUAAAACAAAUUAUUUUUUUCUUUUAAUUUAUGUUCAGUGAGAUGGGGUUUAAUUUGCCAUCUGCAGUUUCAGCAGUAAAUUGUUUUGUAAUUUCUGUGUUUCAAUCUGUGCAUCUCCUCAGCCUUGCUGAUCCGAGAGCUGCAGCACCUUCAGAAAACUGGACCUAUACAGUGGAAACACACAUUACUUUAAGAGUGAGGGGAUGAAAACUUGACUCUUUUAAUGGCCCUUUAAGCGACUGGUGUCUGUAUGGAACUGUGCUUGUUUCAUUCAGGUUUAUGGCCAACGGUGAAACUCGACGUAAAUUUGCCUGAUGCAUUUCAUUGACACAUGCAGUCUUGUAUUGUUCACACUUGCCUUUUUAUUCUUGUCAAGCUGCUUGGCAGACUCGAUCCAAAUAAAGUUUCAAUCUGUUGAAAAAUGAA